GGGUCACCAGGCAUUAGGUCAUUUGGCUCGACGACAGCGGGCACCGCGUCAUCUGGCAAGGCAGUGGGCUCCGAGUCAACUGACAUUGGAUCGUCUGACUGGACAGCGGGCAUCGGGUCACCAGGCAUCAGGUCAUUUGGCUCGACAGCGGGCACCGCGUCAUCUGGCAAGGCAGUGGGCUCCGAGUCAACAGGCACGACAGUGGGCACCGGAUCAUCAGGUACCGGAUUGUCUGGCUUGACAGCGGGCACCGGGUCACCAGGCAUUGGAUCGUCUGGCUCGACAGCGGGCAUCAGGUCACCAGGUAUGACAGCGGGCACUGGGUCACCAGGCAUCAGGUCAUUUGGCUCGCCAGUGGGCACCGCGUCAUCUGGCAAGGCAGUGGGCACCGAGUCACCAGGUACGACAGCGGGCUCUGAGUCAAUUGGCACGACAGCGGGCACCGGAUCAGGUACCGGAUCAUCUGGAUCAACAGCGGGCAUCGAGUCAACUGGCCUAAUAGGAUCGUCAGGCUGGAUCAGUUCAUCAUGCUGGGUAGAGGCAUCAGGCUGAAUGCCGGCGUCCGGCUGAAUAGAGGCUUCAGGCCGAGUAGAGGCUUCAG